GUCAUAACACUGUCAGUUCUGUCAAUAGUGUUGUUGUCAUUUGAAUUUGACGUUAACUUAUUAUUAUUUUUGUUAAUACGUUGUGUUGUUGGCAGGAUGGCAGGUUGGCUGUUUUCGGUGUAGUGUAGUGGUUGUCAAAGAAUAUAAUAACUAUUAGGGAAUUGUUUUCUAAUAAUAGGAUGCUUAUUGGUGUAAGCAAUUUAACUGGGUGGUAAAAAGCAACAACUGCUGCGUACUUUUGCCCUAAAUAUAGGCAACCUGUAGAGUAUAAAUAGUAUAGAAAUGUCGUUUUUACGAGGCUCCGAAAACUAUGUAUGGUGUACGACUAGUGUCCUGGGCAAAGGCGCCACAGGUGCGGUUUUUCAGGGCGUCAACAAAAACAACGGAGAACCCGUCGCAGUAAAAACAUUUAACCAGUUGAGCCAUAUGCGUCCCCAUGAUGUUCAGAUGAGAGAAUUUGAAGUUCUCAAAAAGGUGAAACACGAAAACAUAGUAAAACUUCUUGCCAUUGAAGAGGAACAAGAAGGCCGAGGGAAAGUUAUUGUUAUGGAGCUGUGCACGGGUGGCAGCUUGUUCAAUAUACUCGACGACCCUGAGAAUACAUAUGGCCUUCAAGAACACGAGUUUCUCUUGGUAUUGGAGCACUUGACUGCUGGCAUGAAGCAUUUGCGUGAUAAUAACUUGGUACAUAGGGAUUUAAAACCAGGUAAUAUCAUGAAAUACAUCAAUGAGGAUGGGACUACCACUUACAAACUCACAGAUUUUGGAGCUGCGAGAGAAUUACAAGAAGAAGAACAAUUUGUAUCUUUGUAUGGUACCGAAGAAUAUUUGCACCCUGACAUGUAUGAACGAGCAGUGCUACGCAAACCUGUGGGCAAGAGCUUUGGAGCCACAGUUGACCUCUGGUCUAUAGGUGUUACACUGUACCAUGUGGCUACAGGUCAGCUGCCCUUCAGACCAUAUGGAGGUCGGAGAAAUAAGGAAACCAUGUUUUACAUCACCACAAAGAAGGCAUCAGGAGUUAUUGCUCUGUUUUUAUUUAACGAAAAUGUUGUAGAUGUAGAAGACUAUCGUCAACGACGUGUGCCCUCAUGCGUGUGCCCGCAAUCGGGCUGUAUACUCGAGCAUAUCCCCCUCCGCACCGCGCCGCGCGCCGCAUGCCAGGCCACGCCCUAUCUUUUUGCUUGCUAA